CCACUGUACACCGCACUGUAUAUUAAACAGGUUCACUCAGUGCAAGCGCUGUCGCUCGUGUCGCUGACUCACCAUCCGAUUCUCGCUGCUUCGGCUCUACGUUCAAGUUCGAUGUAUAAAGCUGCGCUGUUUGGACUGUGGGGUGGUGUGUUAACCCCUCACCCGCUGAAGUCUUUUCAGGAAGUCGAAAAAGUUAUUAACCUUUCAAAGGAUUUCAUAUGGAACACCGUCGUGAAGGGAGGAGACCAGAAUGCCCUGUUUCGUGCUGAACGGGGAAAGCUGACCCUUACACAGAUGUUUCCAGAGCUGGAGGCUGAAUGUCAGAAGGAGGCCGACAGUCAGGGCCUCCCUCUGCCUGCCCAGUUCUCAGCCCAGACCCUCUUUGAUGAGGUAAGGAGGGUAGAGUUCAACAAGACAGUGCUUGAUGCUGCUGCAACUCUUCAGCGUCAAGGAAUAAGUACCUGUGUCUUGGCCAACAUCUGGGUUGAUGACACCCCUCAGAGGGACAAUACUGCUAAAGUUCUCUCAGUCUUGGAAAGCCAUUUUGACCUGGUAGUGCGAUCCUGUCAUGUUGGGGCAAAGUUUCCUGAACCUGCUGUGUUCCACAGUGCCUUGGAUAAACUGAAUGUUAAACCCCAUGAGGCUCUCUGGUUGGAUGUUUCUGAGGAGAGUGUGAAGGCAGCUGAAAGCUUAGGCAUGACUGCUGUUCACAUUACUGACAUCAGUGAAGCACUGAAGAAGAUGGAGAAACUUACAGGGAUAAAGCUUACUGGUGAGCAGAUGCCUCGCUUCUGUGGUCCUGAGGAGGUCAGCCAUGGAUAUGUUACUGUCAAGCCCGGGGUGAAGAUCCAUUAUGUGGAGAUGGGGGAUGGCCCUCCUGUUCUGCUCUGCCAUGGAUUCCCUGAAAGCUGGUUUUCCUGGAAGUACCAGAUUCCUGCCCUGGCUGAUGCCGGCUUCAGGGUUAUUGCUGCAGAUAUGAAAGGCUAUGGUGACUCCUCUGCUCCAGCAGAUAUUGAGGAAUAUUCCCAAGAAAGUCUUUCACAGGAUCUGGUGACUUUCAUGGAUAAGUUGGGCCUUGCGCAGGUUACUCUGGUGGGCCAUGACUGGGGUGGUUCGCUAGUGUGGAAUAUGGCUCAGGUCCAUCCAGAGAGACUGAGGGCUGUGGCUUCUCUCAACACUCCACUGUUCCCUGCGGAUCCAAACAAGAAUCCAAUGGAUAGACUGAAGUCUAUACCAAUCUUUGAAUAUCAACUGUAUUUCCAGGAGCCUGGAGUAGCAGAGGCUGAACUGGAGAAGAACCUGGCCAGGACUUUCAAACUGCUGUUCACUGCAAGUGAUGAUAAAUCUUGGGUGGUUUCUCCUGGGGUCCUUAAGAAAGGAGGCCUGUUUGUUGGGUUGCCUGAGGAAGUUCCUAGGAGUUCCAUUCUGACUGAGGAGGCUCUGCAGUACUAUGUCCAGCAGUUCACAAAAUCUGGCUUCAGGGGUCCUCUGAACUGGUAUCGGAACAUAGAGAGGAACUGGCGCUGGCUGUGUUCCAGGCCGAGGAGCAAGAUCCUGAUGCCAGCUUUGAUGGUGACCACAGGGAAGGACAAAGUGCUUCUGCCCAGCUUCAGCACUGGCAUGGAGCAAACGAUUCCCAAUUUAACAAGGGCCCACAUUGAGGACUGUGGUCACUGGACCCAGAUGGAGAGGCCAGCCGAGCUCAAUAAAAUCCUCAUCUCCUGGCUGAAAGAGACACACCAGAAAGCAUCCAUACCCAUCUUUCCAAAACUGUGAGGUGAUUCUUAAGGCCUCAAGAGUUGAAGAGUACAGCCUCACUAUGAGAAUGGACAGCUACAGCUGGGAUUCAGUACAUUAAAUUCAGUAAUAUUUGUAUGUUUUUUACAGAACCAUGCAUUAAUAUAGAGCUUUGCACUAUUUGCCAACCUAAUUUUAGUUUGCAUAAUAUGAAGUUAAUAGUGCAAUAAUAUGAAGAAGACUUUAUUAAAAGCUUUGUGCAAAACAAA